AGGGCUCCAAGAGAGAAUAUUAAACAUAACUGUAUUUUUUUAAAAAACUAGCUUUUUCUGGACAUUUUAGUUAAGAUUCGUUUAUAUCCAUUUUGUGAAGGGUUCUGAACCCCAGGUGAGACUUAAUCUAGGAGAAACCAACGUGUCGGGGGCACCGUUAGGUGGAAGGGCUCCCAAGUAAUGUUCUCUCCUCCAUUGUAAGUUUUGAAAAAGAAUCCUGGUUCCAGAAAAAGAGCAGUGGUACCAACAAUUUGGACAACUUCCUAAAUCUCUUUAACUUUUGAGGCUAAGUUUAGAGAACUGAGAAAGAGACAAGGAUCACUUCAGAGACGAUGCAUAUUUUUUUCUAAAGUGUAUGGGAUUCUUUUUUUUUUUUUAAUUUUACACCUUCUAGGGACUGAUCUAUAACUUUUUUGGAAGGUCACAGGAUACAUUUCUUUUUAACAGCUCCCUGUUUAGUGUAUAUAUUAUGGGGAACCACAGGUAACCCUGCCGAUAAGCCUUUAGGGCCAUUUCUCAGCCUGGUUGAUUACUCAUAUACUUUAUUUUUUCCAAAGUUCCUGGAAAAAAUCACUUGUUUUCUAAUCUAUUUUUAAAAAAAUUGGUUAUGGAGAGAGGAGUGGACCUCUUUAUGGGCCCUGGAAGUAAAACAUAAAUAUCUUUUAAAGUUCUGUUUUGCUAUAAACCUUACUGCUUCUCACUUCUUUUUCAAUACACAACCCUUUUUAUGAUUUUGUGUGUGUACAUUAUUUACUUGUUUUAACUGCUGCUAAGGUUCCAUGGUGUGUGCUGCUUUCACAUUUUCAUGUAUUGCAAUACUUUCUUACGAUGGAUACUUUUACUAGCUCCAGCUUCCACUUAUCACCAGCAAAGCUGCUCUGAAUAUCCUUAUCAAUCAGUAUGAGACUAUUUCUGGAAUGCUUAUCUAAGGGCAGGGUUCUGGGUCAUAGGUAUAAGCUACUUGAUUCAAGCAAGUGCUGCUGGAUUUUUCUCCAGAAUAGCUGGACCUGUCUGUACUCCAUCGAGAGGCAGAGGAUUAUGUCCCCACGUCCCUGCUAAUUCUUUUCAGUAUUCUGUUCUAAUUUUACACACAUACACAUGCAAUCGAGGUAUAUAGUUUUUGUUUUAAAUUGCAUUUUUGUAUGAUUUGAAUUUGAACAUUUCUUCAUAUCCUUAGCCAUUUUGGUUUUUCCCUAUGUAACUUUCUUUUUUCUAUAUUUUAUCUGCUUUUCUAAUUUGUCCUGACUUUUGGGGGGGUUGUUAUCAAUUUGUAGGAGUUUGCUGUCUAUUCCAGUUAUUAUUCCCUUGUCACUUUCGGGUAUUGGAAAUAUCUUUUCUCAGUCUAUAACCUGUCUAUUGAACGUAAAUAUUAAUUUUUAUAUAAUCAAAUCCAUUCUUUUCCCUUAUGGUUUAAUUUUUGGAAUUUUAAAUUCUUUCCUAUUUUUAAACCACAAAGAAAAAAAUCCCCACCAUUUUGUUUUAUUAGCUUUAUAGUUUAACCUUUCACAUGUUAAGCCUUUAAGGCAUCUGGAGUCAAUUUUAUAUGGUGUAUAAUAGUUCUUAUGACAUUUUUUUUAAUAGAGUGCCUACCAAGAGUGAGGUACUGUUCAAAGUAUUUUGUAUACAUCUGUAAACAAACAAAUAUCCCUUCAAACCAAGUGGAGCUUAUGUUGUCCUACAGAGUCACCACCCACUUUGCUCUAGUGCUCAGGAUGAAUUCCAGUUUUAUACAUAGUGUGUUAAGGAAUAGACUUUAUUGGGGGAAGGGAAGACUUAAUAGGCUAGGGUCAGAACAAAAGAAAACAAAAGUCCAUCAUUCUUUGAUUAUCCAAACAAAAGUCUGCUGGGGCCUAGGCAGUCUGCUGGACUGCUGAAUGGGCAUGAUGUAUUUCUAUUCUACUGGAGAACCGCAGACUCAUAUUGGUCUUCUUAUAAGGUCACAUGUGAGAUCAGCCUUAAUAAUGUGAGGAAAAUCAGACCAUUUUGUACCAGGCAUUCUAGAUUUUGAUGCCAGUUAAUUAUGAACUAAGUUGACAGAAUACCAACUUCCCAGUAGUUGGAGAUGUUGAGACCUGAGAAGAGGUGCAGCCCUUGCUAAAGUGGAAAAGAAGACUCUACUAGUUUUCUAGUGCUGCAGUAAUGAAUUACUACAAUAAUGUGCAUAUUGAUAACUUCUGUCACUUAAUUAUGCUGUUUUAGAAUAUUGUACUGGCGCUUACAAGAUAUGUAAUUUGUAACACAAAUCAUAGCUAGGGUUAACUUUAAUUUUACAUCACUGUCAGUACAAUGCUAGUAAAGCACAUUCUCAUUCUGCUGAUACAGUACAGCUUUUAAUUGAACAGUUGUAGUUCAUCUCCAUGUUGAUUUUUAAGCUGCAGGUUUAGAGUGAAGUUGCUGUAAUAUAGUUGACAUACCUUUCACUUGAUUUUGAAGUAACUUGAGUUAAUUUAUUGACUGAGAUUGAGCUGAACAAAUCCCAAGAAAUCCAAUAGAAUGAUGAAGAAUUCAUGUCAGGCUACUAAGUACCAUCUAAACAAAAACUAGUUUGUCAGCAUCAUGUGGAUUUUCUUUUAUGUGUAAAGAUUACUUCUUCCUGUUCUAUUGCCCUCUGCUUUUAUUUGAAUUGGUCUCUACUUGUGUAGCAUUUCUGUUUGUGUAGAUAAGUUCAGGAUGUCUUAAAAUUUAACUCUUGCAGGGCUAAGCUUUUGAAAUACUUCAACCAUGACAAAAAGAGAAGCAGAGGAGCUGAUAGAAAUUGAGAUUGAUGGAACAGAGAAACCAGAAUGUACAGAAGAAAGCAUUGUAGAACAAACCUACACCCCAGCUGAAUGUGUAAGCCAGGCCAUAGAUAUCAAUGAGCCAAUAGGCAAUUUAAAGAAACUACUAGAACCAAGACUACAGUGUUCUUUGGAUGCUCAUGAAAUUUGUCUACAAGAUAUUCAGCUGGAUCCAGAACGAAGUUUAUUUGACCAAGGAGUAAAGACAGAUGGUACUGUACAGCUUAGUGUACAGGUAAUUUCUUACCAAGGAAUUGAACCAAAGCUCAACAUCCUUGAAAUUGUUAAACCUGCGGAAACAGUUGAAGUAGUUAUUGAUCCAGAUGCUCACCACGCUGAGGCAGAAGCACAUCUUGUAGAGGAAGCUCAGGUGAUAACUCUCGAUGGCACAAAACACAUUACAACCAUUUCAGAUGAAACCUCAGAACAAGUGACAAGAUGGGCUGCCGCGCUGGAAGGUUAUAGGAAAGAGCAAGAGCGCCUUGGGAUACCCUAUGAUCCUAUACAGUGGUCCACAGACCAAGUCUUGCAUUGGGUAGUUUGGGUAAUGAAGGAAUUCAGCAUGACUGAUAUAGACCUCAGCACACUCAACAUUUCAGGACGAGAAUUAUGUAGUCUCAACCAAGAAGAUUUUUUUCAGCGGGUCCCUCGGGGAGAAAUUCUCUGGAGUCAUCUGGAGCUUCUUCGAAAAUAUGUAUUGGCAAGCCAAGAACAACAGAUGAGUGAGAUCGUUACAAUUGAUCAACCUGUCCAAAUUAUCCCAGCAUCCGUACAGUCAGCUACACCUACUACCAUUAAAGGUAUAAACAGCAGUGCAAAGGCAGCUAAAGUCCAAAGAGCUCCCAGGAUUUCAGGAGAAGAUAGAAGUUCACCUGGGAACAGAACAGGAAACAAUGGCCAGAUUCAACUGUGGCAGUUUUUGCUAGAACUUCUCACUGACAAGGAUGCUCGAGACUGCAUUUCUUGGGUUGGUGAUGAAGGCGAGUUUAAGCUAAAUCAGCCUGAAUUGGUUGCACAAAAAUGGGGACAACGUAAAAAUAAACCUACAAUGAACUAUGAGAAACUCAGUCGUGCAUUAAGGUAUUAUUAUGAUGGGGACAUGAUUUGUAAAGUUCAAGGCAAGAGAUUUGUGUACAAGUUUGUUUGUGACUUGAAGACUCUUAUUGGAUACAGUGCGGCAGAGUUGAACCGUUUGGUCACAGAGUGUGAACAGAAGAAACUUGCGAAGAUGCAGCUGCACGGCAUAGCCCAGCCUGUCACAGCAGUGGCCCUGGCUGCGGCCUCUCUGCAGGCCGAAAAGGAUAACUGAGCCCAGCGCCCGCUGGGAUUGCGAGGUCUUUUGUUAACUGCGAGAGCAAGUAUUGCUCUUACCUUUAUUACUAAAUUUGAACCUUCUUUUAUUUCUAGGCUGUACAGUCUGAUGCAUGAUUUUUUUAUAAAUAUUUCAUACUCUUGUGAAUUUGGAUCUUUUUACUUUGAGCAUAUAUUUUAGAAUAUGUAUAUGUUAAAGUUCACCACAAUGGCUUCAGUAUGAAGGCAGUUCAUUGUGGGAUAGUUUGUUAACAGUCAGGAAAGCUAAACUGGUCAGUAUUAAUGUCUAACCCUACCAAAAAUAGCCAGUAGCAUCUGAGGAUGGAAAAUAAAUGAAGUAUCUUCAGGAAACAGUCUGGCUUAACUAUUUUUGAAAAUAUACCUGUUUCCCUUCUCUGCUGCUUUAGAUGUUGCUUUACAUAGAACCAGAAAAUGGAAUUUUAACAGCUAAAGCAUGUGUGCCUGUUUCAUCUAAUCAAGCAGAGCUAAAAGAGUCAUAUCAAAUAAAAGCAUAAUAUUAAUAAAUUACUAACCCAAUAGUAUCAGGUUAUUAAAGUAAUUUAUAUAGUUGCAAGUGAAGGAUGUAAGUUGACUGUCAGAAGAGCAGCGCUAAGGAGGAAGAUCCAGAGUUAAAUCUGGCUCAACUCAAGCAGUUUUAAGGAUUUUCUGUAUAGAUUAUUCAUAAUGUCAGGCCAAGAAUUUAAAUUAUUUUAAGAGAGGCAUUUAAUUCUAAUAAACCAACUAUUAUAAAAAUUUUGAAAUGAUCUCUGUUUUUCCUGUCAGAGAUUUAAAAAACUGAGAAGUAUACCUCAGCCAGAAAAUUGGUUUGGUUUGGCUUCUUUCUCUCUCUCUCUCUGUCUCUGUCUCUCUUUUUUUUUAAUUACCCUUUAGUGCCGGUUUAUUAUGCAAAGCAGCUUAUAGUCAUUGUGUUUCUGAUGAAAUGAAGACUUUAAAUCAGUCAGCAGUGCUUUACCUUUGGAAACAUUAGUAAAUUACUUCCAAAUAGUUUAAAAAGGAAAUUUUGACCUCCAGUACAGGCAGUCUUCUCUUCAAACAAAAUUUCCCAUUUAUUUAAUUUUUUCCUUUUGAAGAUUAAUGUGUGUAUAUACAACUGUCUACAUAUAUAUGUCCACUUGACAAUUUCCUGUCAGUACCGAUACACACAUAUGUGAAGACAUAAUAUUCAAAAGGAAAGAUAUUUCAAAAGAUAACUCAUUUUUUAAAUCUUAAAAAAUUAAUAAUUAUAUAUAUAUAUAUGAAACUACUUAUGACAAGCUAACACUAAACAGAAGUGGCUAGAAAUAUGUAUCUUUUUUGCCUGCUCAUUCGCUUUACUUGCUUUCUUUUUUUGUUUUGUUGUUUGUUUUAAGGUAUUAUGUACAAAUCCUGAUGAGAUACUGGCAGAUAACUUCUAAUCCUCUUAUAGCAGAAGAUUGAUCCUCAGAUACUAUUUUAUGCACCUUCUCCCUUGUCAUUUACUUUAAAUUCACCCCUCUAAACAGCUUUAUAAGAGUUAGUUAAUGCUUUUGACUAACCAGGAGGAAAGGGCCAUGGUAAUAUAGGCUGGGUGGCAUGUUAGCAGUGGCUGCCAUCAAUAUACUGAAUAGUGGUUUGGAAUGAAUUGCAGGAGGCAGGGCUCUUAGGAACAAGGAAGAGAGGAGAGAUCUAUUAUCUCCUUUCCUUAUAACCUCAAAUCUUAAUUUUAAGAGCUGUGCUAUAGGGCUACAAAGUAUAAUGUCAGUUCAUUUACGUUAUUGUAUUAAGUCCUUUAAGACCCUGCAGUAGAUAUCUAAAAAAGAAUAAAAUUUGUAACUUCCCACUGUUACCAUUUUUAUAAACACACACAAAAUAGACUGACACAUUAUUAGUAUAUAUUGAGUGCCGUGGUUGCAAGAAUAUCUGAGUAGACUAGCAAUGUGACAUAAUAUACAGAAGCAAA